AUGAAGCUCACUGCGUCGCUUCUUGCUGUGCUUACCACUGUCGCCGUUGUCGUCCAAGCCGGACAUAGCUUUGAAAAGCUUCCUGCGCCGGGUAGGCAUGCUGCUGUAUCCGCUCGAAACAAGGGUUUGUUUGGCAAUGGCACACCCAAGCUGCGGAGGAGCAAAACCUGCAAACAGAGACCGGUCAGCUCGGAAAGUCCUGCGCUGUCAGCUCCGGGUGUGCUUGCAAAUUCACCCUCGGCUUCAGUUUCAACUACAGCAUCAACUCCAACUCCAACUGCAGCAUCGUCAUCGGCUCCCACUCCUCCUGCAACUUCACCAGCUCCUCAGCCCCCGACAUCGGACAAUGGACCCAGCAAAAACAACUCUGGAGGUGGACCAACUCAGGGAUUCGUGAAAGUCAUCUCCUCCAACGGCUGCGGGUCUAGUGGUGCAACAAGUGCGACUUUCCCGAAUUCGGAAAUUACUGCAUUGAGCGGUCCUAAUGGUCAUAUUGAUUUCCUGACCUGCGGCAUCAACGAGGGCGGAUGGAACCCACCUCUCCUCAAAAUCGAGAAUAUCGUUACUGCUGACCUGUCAGGAGUCGCGUACCGAGAUGGUUCUGCAUUCGCAAACUGCAAGGACUUUGUUCCAACAUUCGAGAAAUAUGGUAACCAGUAUCAAAUCCCUGCUAUUCUCCUUGCGUCUUUUGCCAUGCAGGAGAGUUCAUGUAAACCGAGCACCGUUGGUGGAGCUGGUGAGCAAGGGUUGAUGCAGCUCACCAGCGAUAAAUGCGUCGGUGCUCCAAAUGGUGAUUGCAAGGACGUUGAUUUCAACAUCGGUGCUGGCGCCAAGUUCUUUUCGCAGCUGCUCAGUGACAAUAACGGCGACCUUCUCGCCUGCAUUGGUCAUUACAAUGGCUGGUUCAAGGGGAUGACCUAUGGGGACGCAACCGCUGCUGCCCACGGCGGCAACUGCAGAGAGCAAAACAACCUCGACUAUUUACACCAGUUCUUGAACGGUUGGUGCCAGGACGUCAACGCCUAUCAGCACAACCCUCCUCUUGGCAAGUACUUCAACCUGAAUGUCUGCAACUAAGCAACGUUUGCCCUCAUCGCGACUGUCUAUGUCGCUGGCACAUGGUAGGACAUUUAUUAGCAUUAAGCAAGAGUUUGGAAAUCCUAUACCACAUACCCUUAUACCUGCUUUAUGGUGGCGCCAUCUGCGCUGCCCCGUUAUUGCACUUAUUUUCUCUCGUUAAUACGAAGCUUCUUUGUGCGCGAAUGUCUGACAAUCCUCAUCCCUAAGCUCGACC